AUGAAAGUCAUCACAGCCAACUUCGUCACCUGCGCCGUCAAGGAAUGCAAAACCUCCGCGGCCUCUUUCCCCCUUCACUUCCAAGACGCCGAGCUCGAACAAUUAGAAUUGGACCUGCAGCCGGAAUUCAUCCGCAAUGUUCUUCCCCGCGUAGACUGGGACAGUCUGCGAAUCACAGCUACAGAGCUCGGAUUCCCUGCUCUUCCUGAAACAAAGCCCGAAGGCGACGCAUUGAACGACGAACAGACACUCAAGGAUCUACACCGACUACUGCUGGAGACCUCGGUCGUGGAGGGAAAGUUGGUCUGUGGGAAUUGUGGACAUCAGUAUGUGAUCAAGGAGGGAAUUGCCAACUUCCUUCUACCGAGUCACCUGGUCUGA